AAAAGCACCUAUACAGUAUAACACUCUUGGAUAUAACACACAUUGGCCAUCAUCUAACACGAGAGGUGAUGCGUUCGUUAAUUGAGGACGUUCGAUCGUCCUGUGACAUCGACAUGACAGAAGCCGACCAACCAACAGACAGCUACUGGGAUGUUCCUGGACUGCGAGCCAGUGAUUACCACAUACGGAAACGGCCGUUUAAACAAGGACCCGGGUCACCAUCAGAUUCCGGCGGAAGUUCAACCACAGAAGAAUCAGGAGACCGGAAACUGAAAAGCCCCAAAAAAUCAUCCAGACGUAGAAAGGGUGUGAGUGCUAGGGAACGGAAUAUACGUAGGAUUGAAAGCAAUGAACGAGAGCGCAUGCGCAUGCAUUCUUUAAAUGACGCAUUCCAGGACCUACGAGAAGUGAUUCCCCAUGUUGAAUUGGAAAGAAAGUUAUCAAAAAUAGAAACCCUUACACUAGCCAAAAACUACAUCAAAGCCCUCACCAACGUUAUAUGUGAGUUCCGAGGAGAAAAGGGACCUUACGCGUUCGAGAAGGCGAAGAUAAAUAAUAUUGAGGACAUGGAUUCUUCCGACGAGUUGGAACCAAUUCAAGAGCAAUGUUCUGAUAAUGAUGAUGAAGGUCAAUGUUCUGAUAAUGAAAACGUGGAGGUCGACGACAAUUACGAUAUGCAAGACUCUCUUGGGAGUGUAAGCGAUUAAAUUCAGCAGUUUUUUUGGGACGGGAACUUAACGUGCUAAAGAUGUAUUCGUCAGUCCCGUUGUUACUUCCUGUUUUCAUCCAUACAGUGGUCCUAUGUGUCCGGCAAGGAGUGGGGCGUGGCCCCGUGUGUAUGUGUCGUGAGAAGGGGGCGUGGUCAUCUCUUGUGUAUUGAAAAAGGGGUGCGGCCACUACGCUAUCAGCACGCCUCUUUAAGGCAUUUCAUGAGAUUUUCUAUUGGGAUUAUUUUGGUGCUCGUCAUGUUUGCGGAUUGACACAGAAUUCUGAUCGUGAACAGACCGUCAGGCCACGUUAGGAUGGGACAAAUCACUCCACUCCAAUCGUUGAACGUGUAAUAAACUAUAAACUUAUAUGAUAUAUAAUAUAUAUAUUUUCGAAUGAUAUUUUGAUAACUUUAUUUUAAGAAGAUUUGUUAUAGAAAUGGAUACCAUAAAACAUUCCAUCACCAUUUCAUCGCUAUGUUAUACCACUGUAGCAUACGUCAUACCGACCGCCCGUGACGUCAUACUGCCGCCCGUGCUUCCACGUCACAUAAACUGUAUUUAUUUCCUUGUUCAUUUCAUAAUGGGAGGCGGUGUCCAACAGUGAUGUGUCUUUGACGCUCAAAUCAGUGACUAAAAAACUUAUAGUGAAUAGCUGAGUGCGCAUGCGUGCUGGCUAGCUUUUCAGUGUAAUAGUUAGCUGGUGGGAGAAAUGCAACCGUAGUAGUUUAUCAUCACAUAUAAGUACCCAAAACAUAUAUUUAUUUUUUAAUAUACAUUGUAUCAUCUUUUUAUGAACUGGCGAUUUAUUUUCGCGUGAAGGUUACACGAAAAAAACAAGCACUUGUAUCUUUUUCCUUUCAGUUUUACAAUCUUCUUUUCCCCAUGUCAAACGUGUAAAAAACAGUAUUUAUUUUAAUUAUAUUGAAUUCCAAUAUGAAACUGUUUCAAAAUAAUUAAAAAUGAAAAAAAGGUGAUCAAAACCCUUUCACCUGUUAUAUUUUUCUUUCAACUUUUCAGGUGUAAAUUGCAGUUCAUUUGCGGGAAUUCCCCGUCUGUUUUUUUUUUUUUAUCAAAGCACACACACACAGAGAAAGAAUAAAAAAUAUAUACUGAGGCAGAUCACGUGAUCCUUAAAUCAUUGAGUCAACGACAAGGCAGUCAUCCAUGUAUUUUCAUGGUAUUCGAUAUAAUAGAUUCGUAACGGAAAUCCUGAAAUAGAAGCAAAUACACAAUACGAGACAGUGGACAAUUCAAGAGUAUAUUAAUGCUGUAAAAAAAAAUAAAAAAAUGCGGAAAGUUAAUAUCGCGGUUGCUGUUGUCAACUGCCGCUUGUUUGAUAAUUUCUUUACCAUUAUAAAUCCUUAUUACAUUGAAGGUCAAUAAGCGUUUUAAAGUAAAUGAAUAUAUUUUAAAUUUUAAAUGAAUAUAUUUUAAAAUCUGUUUUAAACCGGUUUCCUUAUUAUUACGAGGUCGGUUUGGGAAGGGUUCUUUACAAUACUACAGUUUGGGUUUAGACAGGGUUACAGUUAAAUACAGGCUUCGACUUAACCAGAUCCCUUCCGGCUCAUGAAAAAAAUCCCGUUAAUUUUAAUUUAAGGCGAUUUUGCAGCUAAAAGGUACGGCUAGCGUUGAAGGCAUUGCGUACGUUCCUCUGGGUAGCCUCCCCUUAAUUUGUCGCCCCUUGGAUUCGUACAUUGUAUUUAUAUGUGUACUAUGCCCGACUAUAGCAACUAAUUUGGCAAAGUGAGAGCAAAAUAAACAUAAUGACAUUAAACGUGGCAAUAAGAUCUCGCGAUAUAAAAAUUAUGAAGGCAUGUAUUGCUAUUUAUAAAGUACAGAUUACGUACAGAGUAGUUAGUUAGCAAAAACAUGUUUGUAUCUCAUUUAGUAAGUAUAGUAGCUGUCCCUGUUAUCAGAUUGACAGCAGAAAAAUCCCACUGACUAUGUAUGGAGAACGUAACCUUGACCCUAAUGAGUUUUAUUUUAUUCAUCAACUUAAUUAGCUCAUUUACUGUCGGGACACGUGCACGUUUUAGGGCACAGUGACGUAGACACUAUCUCAGUAUGUAUCAGAAAAACGUAACUAGCACGCGCAUCAGUGGGGUUGGUAAAAAAACCAUGAAUUAGAUAUUAAAUUUAAUUGAUUUUUUUUUAACAAUAUCCAAUUGAUUAGGUUGGGUAAGUUAUUAUUUUAUCCUAGAUCAUUAAUAUCUAAUAUGUCAUAAUGUAGGAGACGUUUAAUUGCCUCACAUAGUGCCAACAGUUAUUAUAACGUGUGGCUUGUUCCGGGCUAUAAAUAAUUUGGGACUGACACAUCAUCAUGUUCCAUGACUUCGUUCACUAUGAAAUUGCUUAAUAGAUCAUUUUUACGACGGAUGUACUGCCGAAAUGUGACCUGCUUCUUUUAUUUAAAAACACUUAUGUACGAGCCGAGUGUCUGUCAACAAUGUCAAAGCUACCUAUUACAGAAUGACAACAAAAUUAAAGUGGACCGGUUUCAUGAUAUUGGGGAAUGAUAAUAUAAAGCGGAAUAAUUCUUAUUUUUGUUGUAUUGCUGAACUUCUGAGGAAAAACUGCCGUAAGCAUUUUUGGUGCAUUCAGUCACAUACAUAUUUGUUAAAAAUCAACUGUUAUAUAAGAAAGUAAAGAAACGUACAUGACAGGUGCAUGCUUACAUUUCAAAUUUAACACCAGCGUUCAAACACGAGACCUAUGUAGCGUGUCUGCUUCAGUUGGUUCUUAUCUCUCCGUGUGAAGCUUUCAAGUUUUGUGCAUAUUUUUUUUUUUUUUUUUAAGUUUUAUUUUUUCGAAACUCAUUAGCAAUUCAAAUAUAUUCCCUUUUCUGCACGAGCGCAUGUACUUGGAUUUGACAUAUAUUUUGACAAACUUAUGUACAUACGGUAGUAGCAUAUAUGAUAAUUACAAUCUUCUUAAAUGUGCAUAUGCGUUAGAAUAAUAUAUAUAUUACGUAGAUUAUCUUGGCACCUAAAUAUUUAAGACAGUGUCUUAAAAAGUGUCCUUUAUGCCCGCAGUGGCACAUACUGAGAUCCAUGACACAUAUUGAGCUCCGUGACGCAUACCGAGAUCCAUGACACAUAUUGAGCUCCGUGACGCACUGAGCUUUAUGUGACACAUCGACUAUAUGUCAAGCGCUGAGCUCCGUGACAUAUAUUCAGCUCUAUGACACUUUGAGCUCAGUGACACCCUAAACGUUUGACGCAUAGAGCCCUGUGACACAUAUAAAGCUCCAUGACACAUUGAGCUCUGUGACACUCAGAACCUGUGACACACUUGAGCUCCUCGACAUAAUACUAUCGAUCUCAGUGUCAGAAUCAUUGGUCUCUGUGAGACACACAGAAUACUUUGACACACUGAGCUCCGUGUCAGAUUCAUUGAGCUCUGUGACACACACAGAGUACUUUGACACACUGAGCUCCGUGACGCACUGAGCUCUGUGACUCACUUAGUUUUGUGACACGAUAAGCUUUGUGACACACUAAAGCUUUGUGACACACUGAACUUUCGGCACACUGAGCUCGGAGGUGAAUCACAAUGGUUUCAGUGACACACGGUGCUAUACAACGGAGACGAGCCACGAGCUAAUUACUGUUCUAACAAACAAAAAAUAUUAAUUAUUUUUGUACUUGCCAUUAUGCAGGCUAUUUACAUUUCAAUGAUGUUCCCCAGGGCUCCAUUUUCACUGAUAACCUUUCUAACUUCUCUCAUUUUACCUAUAAUUUAUAUGCGAGAAUUUUUUGAUAUUUUUAUUUUUGACUCUUUAUUUUCAUUCUUUUGUGUGAUCGAAGAAAUACCAUACUGCAUCAUCUGUUAGUUUUCACGUCAUUUUCAUCGGGGUUAUCGCACCUAAUUUGUGAUGUAAAGUUGUCUUUUAAUUGAAGAAAUAUGUAAAUGACUUAACUCGCCCCUAGAAAAAUGCUGUUUGCGUCAUCAGCGUCAUUCGCCCAGUGUCCUGGUUGUGGAGUUAAAAAGAGGCAUAUUUGCACUCUGAAGAUCAAAAAAUUUGAGUAAAUUUUAAUACCUUGUACUCACUAUGUUGACCGAAGCAUUGGUUUUGAGAAUAGCUGACCGAAGUCUAGGUUGUGAAUACGUUUGACCUAUGCUGACCGAAGUCUUUGCUGUGAGAAGCUGACCGAAGUCUAGGUUGUGAACACGUUUGACUUGCUUGUACUCACUAUGCUGACCGAAGUCUUUGCUGUGUGAAGCUGACCGAGGUCUAGGCUGUGAGUACAUUUGACUUGCUUGUACUCACUUGGCUGUGAAUACAUUUGACUUGCUUGUACUCACUAUGCUGACCGAAGUCGGUGUUAUGAGUACGUUUGACUUGCUUGUACUCACUAUACUAUGCUUACCGAAGUCUUAGCUGUGAGUUGUUUUGACUUGAUUUUACUCACUCAAACGGUCGUAGACCUGGUUUAGAGGGCUGUAAACUUGAAUUAUUUUUCGGCCAAUAUUUGUUUACUCAUAUUACUGGUCGUUGACCUGGUUGUGACGAUAACCUUGGUUUUCUGGUACUCAACAGCGAUGAAACUGUGCUUUAUUUUUGUUUUGUACUCACUUCACUAACAGAGAGCCUCAUUUUGAGUAUACUUUCCUUUGCCUUAACUCACUGUAUAAGUCAUAGGCCUGGAAGUGACAAGAAACUUAUUUAAAUUCAUGCACUUGCUCGACCUACAUGAAGCCCUACUUUCUUACAAAACUUGCGUUCAUUUAUUUACGUCACUGCACGUGACAAUGUUAGACAUGCUGGCGUAUAUCAAUAAGCUACUGGUAUAUUUUAUAUGAAUAUCUUCAUUACCUCGUGAGCUUUACACGUCCAGACAAGCGAUCCCGAUAUCUCUGUCUUUUGAUUGGGUUUUAGUAUUUAUUUUUAAAGUCGAUUCGGUUCCAACAAGAAUUAUUUCAUCAGUAAGGUCCCAUUACACAUUCGUUUUAUAUUUUUUUGAGUCAUUUAUUUGUCUUCAUUUACAUUUAUAAUGUAUAAUAUACGUAGAUUAGGUAAAACUGAAUACUUCAGCCAGGAAUGUUAGUUAUGUACGAGUAAGUCCAUUUAGAUCAUUUAAGAAAAUAACAUUACAUUAUUGUAGAAUACGAGACAUGGGUUAUUUGAUUAUUUUUUUACGAUUUUAUUUUUCGCACUUGUAGACCGUCAAAAUUUAAAUAAACAUCGGUGAAAUAAAACUAUCAAAAAUGUUUAUAAUUGUCGAACUCUGGUUUUCUGCCUCCCGGAACAUACUUAUUUGUACGUUUAUAUGUAGGGAUAACAUCCGAGCGUAUCGAAUCGUCAGUACCAUAGAUUUCUUUUACAACAGAUAUAUGAUAAUGAUUAUAUAAUUCAACUUCAAAAACAGAAACCUCGAGGACAUGAAAAGUCGCCAUAAUAAUUGAAGAAAUCGUCAAGUUUGCUUUUGGUCACCAACAUUUCCCGCUCUUAUCGCGCCGGAAGUAU